AUGUUUUUGUUUAACGACCACAAGAAGGCGUGCGCUUUGAAAUACAAGAAGCGAUACAAGCAGGAUCCUGGAGAUUCCGACCUUCUGUAUAAUUUCGACUUCGCUCUAGUUGCGUCCGUUGGUGUCGACAUUCUAAAAGCAGCCCCCCGGACUCAGCGCUGGGCCACGGUCGAGCACUUUCUGGCGGACGUUAUGAAGACGGUAGCCGAUCAGCUCAAAGAGCGAGCAGCAGACGGCGGUUCGGAGGGAGACGAGCUCGUAACGGAGGUGGUCAACUUUUACGGCGCGUGCAUGGAUGAACGAAGACGCGUUGAUAAGGACCAAUUGCUCGCCGUGCUAAGCGAAUGGGCGAGCCUGCUACCCCUCUCCACCAGGGACAAGGAGAUAACCCAAGGAUACUCAAAGUCGGACCCGCCUUGGAUCGACCAAUUGGACGAGUCAGCCUUGGACGCUUAUCGAAGUGCUCUGUCUUCUUUUCCUGACCUGUUCAAGAGCACGCCGCACGUCUCCAAACACAUUUGGCUGGCGCUAAAGUUGAAGAUGCAAGAGGAGAAAAGCGAUCAGGAAGAGCUUACGCUGGCCGACUUUCAAACCAUGACUCUGAAGUACGGGACAUCUAGCUAG